AUGGAGUCCAUCCAACACUCAAUUCAGGACCUGACCGAACACUUCAAUACAAGGAUGGCUGAAUUUCAAAAAUCUCUUCAGGGUUCUAUCCCGGCUACGAGUCCAAACUCCAACAUUGCGGCCCAAUUUAACACCUUCAGAGUCUUUGUUCUAUCUGCAUUGGAAGGUCUUCAGAUGCAAGUGGAACUCCUAUCGAAGCAAUACAACCAGCUAGAGAUGCGAAGCAGAAGGAAGAUGCUUCUCUUGCAUGGAAUUUCCGAGGAUAAAAAAGAGAAUUUGCCAAUGGUAGUGUCAAAUGUUGUGUCAGGCCAUCUUAAAGUACCAGAAUUCACGAUAGACAAGCUUAGUCGGUGUCAGCGUUUAGGUCACUCUUCCAGAGAUAAGCCUCGACCUAUUCUUGUUAAAUUCCGUGACGUAAUGCUUCGUAAUAAAAUCUGGUACUCGAAAACGUAUCUUAAAAAUACUGGCGUGACUCUGUCGGAGUUCCUUACUAAGGAGAGGCAUGACCUGUUUAUGGCAGCAAGACAGAAGUUCGGAGUUUCAAAAUGCUGGACGAAGGAUGGUGUUUUUAUUGUUACCGGGUCAGACGGUAAACGACACCGGAUUGUCACAACAGCAGAGCUCAACGCAAUCAAUCGCACACCGAAUAACAUUCCCUUGGCAACUAACUCUGCUGCUGCUGCUGCUGCUGGUACCAGUUCUACCGACUUGAAUCCAAAAUCCGCCAAUCUACUCUGGCCAUACGAAGCAAGAGAACCAUUAAAAAGUAAGUUUUGGUUUUGCUAG